AUGUCUGACGAACUUCCCCUUCCCCCAGACCAAUGUGAGAAGGACGCAGAAUGUCUUGAAGCAUAUGGCUCGCUCCACUAUAUCCCUAAUGCGCCGCUCAACUACGUAUCCGUUGGUUUCUUUGCCGCGAUCUUGAUCGCACAGAUCUGGCUGGGUAUCCGACACAAAACCUGGGGAUUCAUGGCGGCCAUGAUUGGUGGCACGGUCCUCGAGGUCGUCGGUUAUGUUGGGCGUAUUCUGAUGAUCGGCGAUAUCUUCGACCAAAACAACUUCAUCAUCUACCUUGUCGGUUUGACCAUUGGCCCGGCCUUUUAUGGUGCAGCCAUCUACCUUAGUCUGUCACGGAUCAUCACUGUGUUUGGCACCGGACUGUGCUGGUUCAAGCCUCGAACAGUGACAAUUACCUGGAUUGGGUUUGACGUCGUCUCGCUUCUGCUGCAGUCUGCCGGUGGAGCUAUUUCUUCAAUGGCCGACACACAAAGUCAGAGUGACCUGGGAAUCAACAUUAUGAUUGCCGGUCUGGCCACUCAAGUUGCUGCCACUACGGCAUUCUGCGCUGUUUGUUUGCAGCUGUGGUUGUGGGUCCGUCGAUAUCCUCAGAGGCUGAGCGUAGAGUACGCCCCCUUCCGCAAGAGUUCCAAGUUCAAAAUGUACUUAUGGGUCCUUGGUAUUGCUGUCGUGGCCAUUCUUGUGCGAUGUAUCUUCCGUCUACUUGAAUUGUCCGGCGGAUACGACAGUGAAUUGGCCAACCAUGAGCUCACCUUUGUCCUCUUUGACAGCCUCAUGAUGGCUAUCAUGUGCUUGGCGCUCACCAUUGGUCAUCCAGGGCUAUUAUUUGGGGAGUAUUGGGACCGCGCCACCUUCUCCUUCCGUACCAAGAAGACGUCGGCAAUGGAGCCCUUCAGGAAGCAAUUUGAUGAUGGCAGCCGAUCAGGCUCCGAGGUCAACCUCCACCAGCCCGAGUUCACGCCUCUGCAAAACAACCUCCACCAACCCGAGUUCACGCCUCUGCAAAAUCUCACCGAAUAUCAACCGGGAUACCAACGGGUGUCGAAUGCAUGA